AUGGCGGGUAUCGAAGAUGCUGGAUAUACACUGUAUACAGUACAAUCGGGAGAGUUCUUCCCUACAUCAGACUCCGAUAACUCGUUUCCACCACUCACAACAUCCUUCACCUUUGCAUCAGGCUGUGCCGAGCAGUGGAGAAUUGUGAACCCGGACUUCCCUACCGAGGUCUUGAACUCCGUCCCUAGUUCCUGUUUCCCUGGAGGCCGAGACGUUAACAGCCCGGGUACAUGUCUUCCCAGCUACCGCUUAGUAGCACUGGGCGAGUUCAGAACUCCUGGUUGGACCCCAGGUGGUGUCCGCGCAUGGGGUGCCGAUUGCUGUAGAAAUGACAUGACUCCGAUGGGCGUCGGGAGAGGGGGUCUUUGCACAAAAGUGUUCAGUACAUCAAUCACAGCCUAUAACCCAGUAGCCUUCACAACCAGCAGCACAAACUCCGUUGGAGAAACCACAACCUACAUUGAUUCCUUGGACCGCAGCGCAACGGACAAUGCAACCAUCCUCAGCUCAGGAACCAUGACAAUGGCCGCCAUGGUAGUGUACUGGCAAGAAUCCGAUCUCGAAAAGUUCGAUCCCGAGUACGCAGCGACAUUAGCGGAUCACCUGUCCAUUGGCUUUACUCCCACAGCUACCUCGGGAGUUAUGUCUGAAACAGCGACACCGCCUAAUCGUAGUCAACUUCCAUCAGCAACAUCGAAUCUCGGUGAGGCUGUAGGAGGAUCGAAAGGUUCUGGUCUCAGUAGUGGGGCGAAGGCGGGUAUCGGCGUGGGACCUUUCCUCGAUCGUUGCCACCUCGGCAGUCUCCUGCCCACCAUGGCGGGCAUCUCAAAUGUCACCCAAAGCAUCAUGGUCCUCGGUUCCGACAAAUUCUACCCGACGCGCAACAUCUGGUCAGCCCUCACAACCCCAUUCACGUUCGGUUCUCACUGUACUGAUAACUGGCGGGUCGGCAAUGUCUUGUCACAACCUAGCGAUGUCGUUCCAAGAGUUACGCUUUCGAUCCCGUAUGCGUGUAAAAUGCCUGGUGGACAGCCUACCCACAGUCCAGGGACUUGCCUGCCCGGGUUCACCAUGGUUGACUUAACAGAGUACAGAACACCAACUUGGACCACCGGUGGUGCUCGCGCAUGGGGAGCGCAUUGUUGCAAAGAAAAUUUCAUAUCAUCCUUGGGAGCGUGCAUGUCCAGCUUCACCACGCCCCUCACUGCAUACAAUCCAGAACGAGUAGGCGGUCAAACCAUCUCCGACGGUGACAUUUGGUUCUUUGUGACCAGCGAUUCGGACUCCAGGAAGAAUUCCACCGUGAUCAGUACAGGUGUCGCGCAGAUGAACGCGAUGCUCGUUUACUGGCAAGAGUCGGAUCUGGAGAAAUUUGACACAGGAUAUGCGUCGGAGCUUGCUGAGGCGUUGUUGCCGAGUAAUACGUUUGCGCCUUCUGUCACGACGACGGUGGGGACCAUAUUGGGAUUGCAAAGCGGAACAGCAGUACCACCAGAUCGCAGCCAGCUCGUCUCAGCGACAGCGGACCCAAAAUCGAGUCCAGAGCAAGCAGACCGUCCUUCGAGAUCUGGCCUCAGUACUGGGGCCAAGAUAGACCUUGUCAACUCAGAUGGCAUAAUCAACCCCCUCAUCGACAACGGCUACCUGCCCCAUGCCGCCAUCCGCCUAGGCAUCCGGCGCCAGCUAGCCGACCGCCUCUCCUCCAUUGCCACGACCUCGCUGGAAGCGGGCUACGAGUCGAAAAUGAAGUACGUGGAGUUGCUGCGCCAACGGCCCAUUGCGAUUGAGACGGCGAAAGCAAAUGACCAGCAUUAUGAAGUUGGCACUCAGGUUUUGAAGGGUAUGUUGGGGCCGAGGAUGAAGUAUUCGGCUUGUUUGUAUGAGAAGGGUGGGGAGACGUUGGGGGAGGCCGAGGUGAGGAUGAUGGAGUUGUAUGUUAAGAGGGCGGGGUUGAAGGAUGGAAUGACGGUGUUGGAUUUGGGCUGCGGCUGGGGCUCCCUGUCCCUCUACCUCGCCGAAAUCUUCCCCAACAGCUCCAUAACCGGCUUCUCCAACUCGCGCACGCAAAAACAGCACAUUGACUCGGUCGCCACGUCCAAAGGCUUCAAGAACCUCCGCAUCGUGACCGGCGACGUCGUGGACCACGAAUUCGAGCCGGGAAAGUACGACCGCGUCCUUUCCAUUGAGCUCUUUGAGCACAUGAAGAACUACUCGUUGCUCAUGGCCAAGGUCAGCCGCGCUCUCAAACCAGGCGGUAAGUUGUUUGUGCAUAUUUUUGCGCACAAGGAUACGCCGUAUGAUUUUGAAGGCGGGUGGAUGACGGAGCACUUCUUCACGGGUGGCACGAUGCCGAGUGCUGAUUUGCUUCUGUUUUUCCAAGAUGAUCUUAGGAUUAAGAGGCAGUGGUGGGUUAGCGGCAUGCACUAUAGUAAGACGUGUGAGGAUUGGUUGACGACUAUGCUGAGCAACAAGGAGAGUAUUUGGAAGGGGUUGGAGGAGACGUAUGGCAAGGAUGGUGCGUUGACGUGGUGGAAUAGGUGGCAGGUGUUUUAUCUAGCUUGCAGUGAGCUGUUUAGGUGGGAUGGGGGUGAUACGUGGGGUGUUAGUCAUUAUCUGUUUGAGAAGCCUGAAUAA